UCAGCAAUUUAAGAGCUGUUAUUAAGAUCAUUUGAUUUUGAGCCCUUUACAAUGGGAAAGGCAGUUGGAGGAAUAUGAACAACAUGGCCAACAACGUUCAUGCCAUUUGGCUGGCAAUUGCCCGAACCCCUUCCGGGAAUGCCACUUGGUUGGGACGAGAUGGUGUCAUCGGACCCUGCUGCAGAGAUGGAAACAUAAGCUCAUCUCUCAUCCCCACCACUCCCCACCCAAUGGCCUCGGUGUUGCAAGUUGAAUUGAAGAUUAGAAAAUGCAGAAGAUAAGUAUAAUUUUGCAGAGGCUGUUCUCCUCAUACAAAGCCAUGCUUGACGCUCUGUUUUUUGUAUGACUUUGCAAUUCAAAGAAACUACAGUUUCAAGAAUAUGGGAUAUAUGCAACGAGGAGAGCUGUGAUUUAUUGUAUAGUACCCUGUGUUCUUUGUUUACUCUACGUAUGGUCGUGUUUUGACUUUUUCCUGCCAAAUAGGGUUCUACUGAGAUUUCUGAAUUUGACUGAGCUCUGGGGUUUGAAGGUUGAACUUGAACAGUCUGCAGAACGAAUCAACAAUAUAUUCGGAACAUGGCUGGUUUACGUUUAUAUUGGCGCCCAGAAUUCUGUUUUGAUCACCUAUUGUCAACAAAAACAUAUAAAAAAUUCUAAGGUCA